UGUAGCUCGCUUUCAGGGCUAACGCACACAGACAGAGGCCCUGCGGUGUUGUUUUCCAACAAACUUCCCAGUAAAACAUGUCCGCAGACAUGCCAGCGGCGCUCGGCGGCCUCACCAUGGAGUCGCAGCUUCUGUCCAUCAUGAACGUGUUGGUGAAAGCCGCCGUGGCGGAGAUCGUGCAGCUUUUCUCGGAGAGCUCCGAAUCUAUGCGGCUGCAUCUCAGCCAGAGUCUGAGGGAGAACGAAAACCUGAGGACGAGGAUGAAGGUGAUGAGGAGCGAGCUGUUUUCCCUCAAGCUCCAAGCCAGGACGAACCGACCGGCCAGCCGCUUCUCUGCCUUCAGGGGAAAUGUAACCAAACCUCGGCCAAAACCGCAGGUGUUUCUGAAGCCAGCACAGGGUGAUAAAACCGUUCUUGAAACUGCUUCCACCUCUGCUACCCAAACCAAGUCGUCCUCCGCAGUCCAAGUGCAGUGUGCAGAUGUGGACGGUCCAGAGGUCAUUCUGAUCAAAGACGAGGAUGAUGUUGUAGGAUCUGCGCCUGACAUUGGUCAAAAUAACUUUGGAGAGGAUUGCAUGCAGGCUGCAGGGAAUGACUCAUCCGGCUCACCCUGUUUGAUCAAUAAUAACAAGCACCUGAGGAUCGUAAAUGUUCACAGCCUAGGAGAAGCACCUCUGCAGGAGGACAGUGACAUCCUCUUUUCUGCCUCUGAACUUCAGGCGUUGAGCGUUCUGUCUGACCACAGUAUCCCCCCGGAGACGAUUCUUAAUUUCACGAGUGGUGCGAAUGGCCGAGUACCAGUAGGAGGGGUGCAGGAAAACUGUGCAGAGGUGGUGAGAAACAUCCAACAUGAAAGAGAUCCUUCCACUAGGAGAUCUUCAGCAGCAGGGAACCAAGCAUUAAAUUCCCCCGCAGUGGAUGCAAAUGGACAGCCCAGCCACUUCUCUCAACAGCAGAACGUCCUCCCCAACCUGACCAGCAAAUCCCUGGACUGCGGCUUUUGCGGCGAGCGCUUUCACAGCCGCGAGGAGCUAAUCGUGCACCGUGCUGGCCACACCGGUGAGUCGCCCACGCCUUGUUCCUUGUGCAGCAAGACCUUCGCGAACAAGACCACACUGGCCAUUCACAUGCGGAUUCACACGGGCGAGAAGCCGUACGCCUGCACGCAGUGUGGGAAACGCUUCACGCAGAACGGCAGCCUCAAGAUCCACCUGAGGACCCAUUCUGGAGAAAAGCCGUUUUCGUGCAGCCAGUGCACCGCCAGUUUCAACAACCCGAGCAACCUGCGCAGACACAUGAUCACGCACAAUUCCACCAUAGGGUUGUGACCCUAAGUAAGUGGUCAGUCUGGAAUGAUUUCCAGGAAUGAUUUCCUGGAAUAACGUUUUGUUUAUCAUAAGAAAACAAACCGCAGCAGUGUUGUUGAGUCAGAGUUUGACAUUUCCUUGCUUGCAGCAUAAUAACUCCCGACUUGAUCCCUGAAAUGAAAAAAAAAACCAGAAAUGUGAUUCAAGUAUUUCAGAGCAUUAAUAAGACAUUUACAUUUUCUUCUUAUGUUUCAUAUUUAAAGCCCCAGAGUUAAAUACCAAACCAAACUUAUGUAAUUAAUUGGAGAGCCAUAAAAGCUGGAUAUUAAUUUUAAUCUUUCGACUUGAUUCAGCCGAAGAAAAGAUCCAGAUUUUAAGCGUCAUCGUUCACACAAUGUCUUGACAAGAUGCUGUGUGAAUAAUGAUGUUUAAAAUUCAAUGAUUCAGUUAGCUCACAGUCAUGGGAAAAAGUUACGGUGUUGACACAAAUUUUGUGAUCUAAUAAAUCUAAAUACAAAAGGUGUCUUGCAUAUCACAUAAGACAUUAAUAAAAGUUUUAUUAAUGUCUUAAUAAGACAUUAACAAGCCUUCUGGUGCAUUGGUGGUCCUCUGUAUGCACAAGACUGACCUUACAUUGUCAUAAACACGAUAUAGCAUCUGUCAUGAACAUGAAUGUUUAUGACUGUUUUCAUAAAGUGUUUUUUGGUAAAUAAUGGCACUUUUAAUGCAAAGUUGAUUCUUUUAAUUGACUUUCAUUGUAAGUUUUAAUGCAACUUUGGGUAAAAAUGUCUAUUUAUCAAAUAAUGCUACGAUGCCGCAUUAAAAGUGUCACUAUUUACUGAAAGACACUUCAUGACAACAGUCAUAAACAUUCAUGAAGACUCCAUGUUCAUGUCAUAAACAUGUUAAUGUCAUGUUUAUGACAGCGUCGUGUCAGUCUUGUGACGCGACAUAUGAGGUUUCUUAAUGAGAAACCUCAUAUAGCCACACAAGUGCGUCAACACUCUCACAGGUGUUUAUUGAUGCUCUCUAUAAGGCUGUGGUUGCCACUAAAUACAUUGGGUUAUAAUUAGUACUGUGUACUUUCCAUUAUAUGUAUAUGUUGUUAGUCACUGUGAGUUCUCUCUUUCUGCAGGUGUUUUCUUGUAUUCCCUUUAUCAUUCUUUCUCUCCUUUUCUUAACUCCAUGUUUCUCCUUUAGGCCAGUGUCGAGCUGGCUCUGCACUGUCGGUAUUGCCAUUGUGCAUAUUUUCUGGAGCUUGCUCGACACCAUAAAACCAUUUUCUCUUCAACAAAAUCUCUUGAAGUGCUUGAAGACUCCUAAAUGUUUAUGUAAACUUCAACACUGCUUGCAGGUUUCUUUAUGUAUGAGCCCAAUAUGUGAACCGUCAACAGUUGCUGCAUGUGUUUUUUCUUUCUGCUGUCUUUCUGCUAACUCAAAAUCACAAAGGCCUCUAUCACAUUUCCUUUUAUACUGCAGUUAAUUAACUAAUUAGAUACAAAUAUGUUAGUUGUUCUCCUUUUUUAUUACAAUUAACUGGUAUUUUUAGCGAGUUCAUGAAUGCAAAACAUUUAUUUUGGUUAUUUUAAGCCAAUAAAGCUCAUUAAGAUGAGAAUGACUGACCUUUUUCCAUAAAAACAGAAACAGCCGUGUGUCACUGACAAAACUUUAGAUCAUGACUGUAUUUACAUCAGCAGUGUAUUUACAUGUGGUUUAUUCCUAAAUAAUUAGUACUAUUUAAUUUUUGUGUUAUGAAUUUUAUUGAUUGAAAACAAUUUUUUCAAAUCUUUUUCUAGUUUUUUGUUUUGAAUUUUUCUUCACGUCAUUGUUUCAGUCAUUUAUAGUCUUUUUUUGUUCAUUGAUUCUCUUUUGAAUUUAGUUCAGAAUAUUGACAAAAUUAAUUAGUUUAAACUUGAUCAUUUUUAAGAAUUGUUUGAUAAAUGAUUCAAUUAAAAACAUUUUUUUGUAGUUAUCAAAAAAACAUAUUUCAGGUCAGAACACAAAAUGUAUUCUGAAUUAUUGAAAGCAUUUUGCCCAGGCAGAUUUUAUUGUUGAUAUAUGUAAAAACUAAAAGAACUACAAUACCAGAAGUAGAAAUAUGUUACUUUCCCUUUUUCAGAUUUGGGAGCUUUAUUAUGUUUAUAUUUUAGAUUCCCAAAAAAUCUUUUAACACGGACUUUAAAAUAGAUCUUGAUUUUCUUUACUGUAUUUCAUUAUCAGUCCAAUGAACUAUGUAGAACAUUUCAAUAUAGCUUUGAGACGUGUUUUUCAUUUCAGAAUUUCUCUAAGAGCAAUUUUAAAAUUUAGAAAAGAAUGAUUGUUCUUGUCUGGGUGCAGAAGGUGCGCUGUAUUUAAAGAUCCUUCAACACAUACUAUGCAUUUUGAAAUAACCGUCUGAGUUUUCAUACAUAGCAUAAUGAAUUGUAAAAAUAGACAAAGGAAGGAAACAUUUCCUUUUUUUGUGAUUGUGUGCUAUUUUCAUUUCUAAACAAACUUCCUCCAACUUUAUUGCUGAUUUCCAAGUUUUUAUACUUAUUUGUUUGAUGUGCUCUUUAGUGUUGGAUACUCUGUCAUAAAUAAUUUUCCACACUGCACGGCCAGGGGGCAGCACUAUUGUAAAUAUUUCUUGUGUGUCUAAUAUUUCUCAUUCUGAAGAGCGUUGAGGGGGGCUCUCAAGGAAACUGUGGGGAAAUUCCUUGCAUUGUUCUUCUUUCCACUCAGCCUUUCUUAGUGUGAAUCAUGACUGGAAAGAUUUUUUGGAUUACUUCAUCAAUGUAUUUUAUUUAUUCACAUGUUUUUGAUUUUUCAGAAGUUAACUAUUUAGCAGCUGUUUUGUUUUUGUUUUUUUAAUGGAAAUUUUUUUUUUUUUUCUUUUACUAAUAAAUUUUUUCAAAGUGUAGUGUGUAUUUGAUGCACACAUCCUGAGUCAGUGCUUUUUAGAACCACUUGUCUGUGCAAUUACAGCUUUAAGUCUGACUCUACCA